AUGCGGUAUUACAUCCUGCGAAGAGUUCUACUGGCUUUCUUGGUGCUCUGGCUGGUGCACCUGAUGGUGUUCUCCAUGGUCCGACUGUUCCCGGGCGAUGUGGUGAUGAUGCGACUUGCCCAGGACGCGACCAUGACCGAGGAGUCGUACGAAAGGGCGAGACAGGAGUUGGGGAUCGACCGUCCUUUCCUGGUCCAGUACGGGGAUACCAUGGGAGGUCUGCUUCGGGGAGACUUGGGCGACUCGUUGCUCAGCGGUAGACCGGUCAAGGAUGAGUUGGGCGACAGGGUAUGGCUAACCCUGCACUUGGCCAUCAUGUCUCUGAUCAUCGCACUGUUGAUAGCUAUUCCCAUCGGUAUUGUUUCCGCCAUUCGCCAGGACACGUUUGCUGACUACGGCGGCAGGAUGUUCUCCAUACUCGGACUGUCGCUGCCGGACUUCUGGACCGGGGUGGUGGCCAUCCUGGUACUUUCCCUUUGGUUCCACUGGCUUCCGCCGCGGGGUUUCGAGGAAAUCUGGAUCGAUCCAAUCAAGGUCAUCCAGCAGUUGGGUAUUCCGGCCCUCAUCAUCGGGUUCCGGUUCUCAGCCAUCAUCAUGCGCAUGACCCGCUCCUCCAUGCUGGAGGUGCUGCGCGAGGAUUACAUCCGCACGGCGUGGUCCAAGGGUUUGUCCGAGCAGCGAGUCAUUAUCGGCCACGCGCUCAAGAACUCCUUCAUCCCGGUCAUCACCCUGGUGGGGCAGCAGUUCUCCAUCCUUCUGGGCGGUACUGUCAUCAUCGAGACUAUCUUCCUGCUGCCGGGUGUGGGCAACAUGACCCUGGAUGCGGUGAUCUUCCGUGACUACACGCUGGUGCAGGGCGCCGUCAUCUUCUUCGGCGGAAUCAUGGUGCUCAUGAAUCUACUUGUCGACAUAUCCUACGCGUGGUUCGACCCACGGAUACGCUAUGGCUAG